UUGACAUAUUACAGAUUAGAGUACUUCCGGGAGGUAUUCCCCAAAAUAACAAAGUAUUGUUAGCAGUUUUAAACCAGUUAAACAAAAAUGGAUACUGAAAUAAAACUGUUUAAUGUGUUCAAAAAUAUAUAUAUCUAAAGGGUGGAGUAUCAACAACUGCAAGCAGCAGUUAUUAUCGAGUUAUUUCCUUAUAAGUUCGUUCUCAAAAUUAUUCGACCCAACGGUUAUAAAAUAUACGUGCACGAGUAAACAGGGAAAAGAGCAGAAAUGCCAGGAAAAGGAGAGUUUGGCCUGAAAAAUGGCAUUGAUUUAAAUGAUAGCAUCGUUGAAUUGCCUGCAAAAAUAUUUAGCGAACUCAGAGAUAAACUUGAUACUAAUCCAGCUGACAAAGACUGGAGAGCUCUUGCUCGUGCUGUCGAAAAAGAAUAUCGAAUAAAGCCUUCCAUGAUUGAAUUGUGGUCUCCAGCUUUAUCAACUGGUAGUGCCUCGGCAAAGUUGCUUACAGAACUCAGCUCACAGGGGAUGACAGUUAAAAAAUUAAUAAACUACUUAAAUACCAUUGAGGUUGAUACCUGCGCUUUAAAAUUGUCACCUCCAGUGGACAUUCAGAUUAUUAAAACACCCCCGGCUGAGUUAGAGGUGUAUGAAGGUGAUCCAUUAGUGAUACAAAUAGAUGCUACAGGUCAGCCAUACCCAACAUACCAGUGGUUCUUCUGUCAGAACGGGGAGGAUGACUUUAAGAAACUUGUUGGAAGAACAGAGAAAGUAUUGAGACUAAAUGAUGCUACAUCUGCUAAUGCUGGAACAUAUGCAUGUCGGCUGUCAAACUGCCGAGAUCCAAAGAAGACAAAGAUUACAGACCACACUUUAGUGUCAGUGAUUCCCAACCCAAUGCCAAUACACUCCGGUCUUAAUCCGCCUAGCAGGGAUGAUGUUAUAUAUCUGUACAAUCAAAUUGGGCAUACACUUCCAGCUCCAGCUGAUCUUAUGCCAAGACUUGACGACACAUUUGAUAAAAGAUGUUGUUCUGUGAGCUACAGUCUAAUUAUUGGUCACCCGAGGGAUGUUCUAGUAGGAAUGAAUGAACCGUUUGUAUUGUCUGUACAGACAUCAGGAAAUCCACCAAUCUCUUAUCAGUGGUACAGGAAUGGUUUGAAACUUGAAGGAGAAGUCUGGUCAAAACUUUCUGUUCAGCAUGCAUCAAUAUUAGACUUUGCCAAGUAUUAUUGUGUUGUCAAAAAUGGAUAUAAGACUGAGCAAAGUAACACAGCAUAUGUCAAAGAAAAAUUUCCCAAACCUGAGCGGAAUGUUGAAAUACUGUUAGUGUCACAACCAAAAUCUGUGUCAGUAAAGUUUGGAGGGUGUGCAUUGUUCAGUUGUGAAGCUAGGUGCAGUGAACCUCUAAAAUAUCAGUGGUUCAAAGAUGGAAUGCCUCUUCAAGGUGAGGUGUCAUCAGAGAUCAAGUUUAUGAAUAUUCAAGAUCGUAGAGUUGAGGGAUUUUACCAGUGUGAGAUUUCUGUUGACAUCAGAGAUGAAAACAUGCCUAGAAGAAUGACGAUGGGCGCCUUGUUGACAGUAGAGAUACCUCAUGUGAGAGAUAAUAUUGAAUACAAUCCUUCAGAUAAAGUGGCCUUACUUAUUGGUAACUCGGACUAUAAGAGUGAGACACCUUUAAAUGCAUCAACUAUAGAUGUGCAGAUGCUUUCUGAGUCAUUUCGUGCAUUGGAUUUCAGAGUUGUCUCCCUUUUGAAUCUCACAAAACCAGAGAUAGAGAAUGCUGUGUUACAUUUUAAAGAGUUGUUGGGUGAAAAUGUGUAUGCCGUUUUCUACUUUUGUGGACAUGGUUUUGAAGAACACGGGAUGUCAUAUCUUGUGCCGACUGAUGCCCCUGCAGCUUACACCGCCCAAGAGUGCGUUUGUGCGCAGGAAAUUCUGGCUAAUAUACAGAAAAAGGAGCCACCAGUUAUAUUUAUGAUAUUAGAUAUAUGUAGACAAGAACCAAAAGUAAAGUCAACAAGAGUUCCACAAUUUGUUCCUAAAACAAACAGAGGCAAUACAGUAUUUUGCUAUGCAACGAGUGUUGGCUUAGCAGCGUAUGAGAACAAGAAUGGAGGACUUUUAGUAAAUCAUUUGUCACCAUUGUUGCGUAAAAAUAUUGGCAUUGAUGCUUUAGUGUCAGAUGUUAAAGGAGAAUUUGCCAGGGUACAUAAACACAGUAAAAUACAGAUACCCGAGCUUGUGUCAAAUUUACUGGAGAAUCAGAGGUCACUGACAGAUAAAAUAUCAAAGAAAGGUCAAACUGAAGCAUUUCAACAAAGAGAUAUCAAAUGGAAUGCUGCCCAUCAAAAACCAGACAAGCAAACAAUACAUUUUGAGGAAGUGGGUGUUGUGAUCGAGCUAGAUUUUCAGGCAGAAUUUUCCAAUGUAUUACAUGUGUUUACUACAGUGAUAGACCACGGCAGAACACAGAGCUGCAUAGGGAAAAUUACAAACUUCUCACCACCCAUUUCUCAGCAAGGAAAAGUAGAUGAGUUUAAACAAUACAGUCGAGUGGUGACAAAAAUAUCUUUACAAGAUAUACAAAAGUUGAAGGAAAACUUAAUUGUAGAUGUUACGAUCACAUUUUUCAUGAAUAACACUCAAUAUUUCUUACAAAGACGUGUGAACCUCGGCCAGCCUCUUGUGGCUAAACUCAGAUUAUGGGAGCACUCCCAUCAUUUUACACCUACAUCAAGGGAGGCAAUUCAACAAGAUGAGGAGACUGAUUCAGCCCACAGUUAUCCCAGUGCACAGUGAAAAUAGAACAUAUUUGUUCAACUAAGAAAAAAUGCAACCUAACAAUAACUCUAUAUUCAUUUAUAAAAUUAGUGAAUGUUGGUAAUAUAAGUUGUGUAAAUUGAAUACUUGCAUCUGUG